CGAGUUCUUGCUAUUUGAAUUAUUGGCACUGACGUCGGACACGUUUUGUGCUUGGAAGGAAAAUUACAGUUUUGAGACUUUGUGUUGUACGUGAAUCAUGGAUAAUUGUGAAUGGAAUUCGGCGAGUAGCGUGGACUCUGAUGCACUCUCAUCACUGCCACCACUAGUCAUAUGGACCAGCAGAAGGUCUACUGCGUGUCCUCCACCGCCAAAUAUAGCAGCAUCCUACGGCGCAUCUUAUGGAGCACAUAACCACCCAAAUGCUGAAAGCGGCAAUCAAGUAGCGACCUCUGAAUUCUCCUACGGAUAUAAUCCUCCUCUGCGUUCCUCAUUCAGCUCUUGCAACACUCCAAUAUCUACCUCCGAUGCCCUUCAAGAUCAUCGUUUGAUUGAGGAUGUGGCAGACAAGUUCAGGGAGCAACUACCAGAGUUCCAGAGUAACAACAAAACAAACGCUACUAUUGUUUCGACAACAGCUAUCGUAAACCCAAGCUCAAAUCCCAUGACACCGGCAGUGGACACUGACAAAAGAUCGCAAGACAACGGUAACCAAACUGUUAACCAUCCCGUCUCCGUUUCAUAUCACUACACAGGCCAUGGGCACGUAGCGUAUGACUCGAAAGGUGGCAAUUACUCAAGCAAGUCUGCCGAUGUGGACGUUCACAUUAUCGGACGUAUUCCAGUAUCUCCUCUUUCGUCCAGCUUAUCUGAAGAUCCCAAACAUCACGAUCGUAAAACGUUCAACAAUAUGCACACCUCUGAGUUGUUUUCGAAGGAAGUUUGUCAACUUCAAAUUGACAUUACUCAGCCUGAACCGUUGCUCAGCAAGGAAACAGAUACGUCACUCGAUCGCCAGAGUGACACACUGGAUCGUUCGCAUUCACAACCUGGAGAAAAGCCGCUUAAAUGUAAGCAAUGCGAUAAAUCAUUUUCUGCUCAAUCUUGUUUAAUAACAUCUGAUGAAUGUACACAUCCAGAAGAAAAAUUGUUAAAGUGUAAAGUGUGCGAUAAAACCUUCAAUAGGCGAGCUAAGCUUACCAGUCAUGGACGUGUUCACUCAGGAGAGAAACCCUUUACGUGCAAGCACUGCGAUAAGUCAUUCAGUGACAAAUCCAAUCGUACUGCUCACGAACGUAUCCAUACAGGGGAGAAACGGUUUCAGUGUCAUUACUGUGGUCAAGGUUUUUCCGCCUGUUCCAGCCUUAGAUCUCAUUUACGUACACAUACUGGAGAGAAGCCAUUUCAGUGUAAAUUAUGUGGCAAGGCAUUUAGACAAUUACCACAUCUCACAAGUCAUCAACGCAUCCAUUCUGGAGAGAAACCAUUUCAGUGUAAAUUAUGUGGCAAGGCAUUCAGACAAUUACCACAUCUCACAAGUCAUCAACGCAUCCAUUCUGGAGAGAAACCAUUUUCGUGUAAUGUAUGUGGAAAGUCAUUCAAUCGGAAAUCCAGCAAAACAGCUCAUGCACGAAUCCAUUCCUAACAGCAAGGGAUCAUGUGUGAACGAUCGGGACAAGUCUUUCAUUGCCAAACCACACUUUUCAAGACCUUGAAAAUACAAACACCCUCUAAACAAAAGCUUUUCCAAAAUGAUCUUACAUCUGACUUCUAAUACCGGUUUUAACCGGGGUAAAUUCAAUGCCAAUGACAGACAGAUCUGAACUCCACUCCUUGGUAACUGCUUACUUACACGCUGAUUUCACCCAUACUAACAACUACCAUCACAAACAAUAUCUUGUAUCAUUGUCUUCCCGUUGAUAUUGUACUGUUUCAUUCCAUGUUGUCCUUUGCACGUCUCACACAGACGGAACGCAUUUUCCAUUGUUGAUAAACCUGUCCUUUUGAAUGUCGCAAACAAGUAUAAUACUUCUAGAGCACGUACGCAUUGCUCUGCUGUUUUCAAGGCCGCGUAUAAAGCUAUAAUUAUAUUCGGUCUGUAUGUAUCUUUGCUCCCAUGUAUAAUAUUGUUUUGUCUUGUUCUAGUCUUUGUCAAAACUCCUCAAAUCUUCUAAUACUAUCUCAAAGUUCA